GUCCCAAGCGACGAUCAUUCAUCGAUUCUAACUUUCUCAUUUACUACUGCAAAACUAAACUCAAGUCGCGUAAAAUGUGUAAAUAAUUGUUCAAAGCCAUGUGCCUUACAUAAGUGGAUAUAAUAACGGAUUAAAUAAUAAAGUAACUAACCAAACUACAAGUUCACCCACGUGUUUUCGCGCCAAAAAUAGUACUUUUUCUAAUUUCGACGUAGAACGUCGUUUUGGGUAAUUUAUAGUGAAAUAUAAAUAAAAAUGCGCGAGAUAGUGCACCUGCAAGCCGGCCAGUGCGGCAAUCAAAUCGGAUCGAAGUUCUGGGAGAUAAUCUCUGACGAGCACGGCAUCGACACGACCGGCCACUACCACGGCGACAGCGACCUGCAGCUCGAGCGUAUACAAGUGUACUACAACGAGGCUGCUGAUGGAACUCGCUUCGUGCCCCGCGCCGUCCUGGUGGACCUGGAGCCUGGCACCAUGGACGCCAUCCGCUCUUCCACGUACGGCCAGCUGUUCCGUCCUGACAACUUCGUCUUCGGCCAGAGCGGAGCUGGUAACAACUGGGCGAAAGGCCACUACACCGAGGGCGCGGAGCUGGUGGACGCCGUCAUGGACGUCGUCAGGAAGGAGUCUGAAGGCUGCGACUGUCUUCAAGGGUUCCAGCUGACGCACUCCCUGGGCGGAGGCACGGGCUCCGGCCUCGGCACGUUGCUGCUCAGCAAGCUACGCGAGGAGUACCCCGACCGCAUCGUCAACACCUUCAGCGUGAUGCCCUCACCCAAGGUGUCCGACACGGUAGUAGAGCCCUACAACGCCACCCUCUCCGUGCACCAGCUGGUAGAGAACACGGACGAGACCUUCUGCAUCGACAACGAAGCGCUCUACGAUAUCUGCUUCAGGACUCUGAGGCUCUCGGAGCCUACGUAUGGAGAUCUGAACCAUCUUGUUUCGCUAACGAUGUCCGGAGUGACAACAUGCCUCCGGUUCCCCGGGCAGCUCAACGCGGAUCUCCGCAAGUUGGCAGUCAACAUGGUGCCGUUCCCCCGCCUGCACUUCUUCAUGCCUGGGUUCGCUCCACUGACCGCCAGAAACAGCCAAGGCUACAGAGCUCUCACAGUACCAGAAUUAACGCAACAGAUGUUCAGCCCUGGCAACAUGAUGACGGCGUGCGACCCGCGGCACGGCCGCUACCUCACCGUGGCCGCCAUCUUCCGCGGCCGCAUGUCCAUGAAGGAAGUCGACGAGCAGAUGCUCACUGUGCAGGAUAAAAAUUCUAGUUACUUCGUGGAAUGGAUCCCCAACAACGUGAAGGUGGCGGUGUGCGACGUACCCCCGCGCGGCGUCAAGAUGGCCGCCACCUUCGUCGGCAACUCCACCGCUAUACAGGAGAUCUUCAAGCGAAUCUCGGAGCAGUUCACCGUCAUGUUCCGGCGCAAGGCGUUCCUCCACUGGUACACCGGCGAGGGCAUGGACGAGAUGGAGUUCACGGAGGCCGAGAGCAACAUGAACGACCUGGUGUCCGAAUACCAGCAGUAUGAGGAGGUGGGAGUAGAAGAUGGAGAAUUCGAUGAACAAGAAGAGAUGGCCGGAGACGAGUAUCCUGAGGAAGGUUAAAACCUAGUCAACUUCCCUUGACACACAUAUUAUUUGCUACACUCUGGGCGAGUUUGGUAGCGGCACUACCCAAUCUCACUUAAGAAACUGCAGACCGUCCAGUGGCACCCUUUUAUAAUAAUCUAGUGAACACAAUCUCCCUUAUUAUAAUAUUCCAUUUCUGUAAUCAGUAUAUUAAAGUUGUAGUCCUACUGAUUCCCCGACUUUUUGUCUUUGCCACAUAGGUUAUUUUGCUUCAUCAUGUAAACGGCAAAUGGUGGCCAAUUUUUUCCGAUUAGGUGAUGAAGUCAAAAGUAAGUAAUAUAAAAUUGGGGAAUAAGUAGGACAACAAGUCGACAACUUUAAUAUACUGAAUAAUACAGAAAUGAAUUGAUUUAUUAGAAACCACAAUCCUCCUAAUGAGGGCGCCACUGGACGGUCGCCCACUUUAAUCAUAUUGUCCAUAGUCACACAAGCAAAUAAGUUAUUACAAAACUUACAAAAGUCAAUACGUUUUUGUUGCGAAUAUAGAAGGAUCACGAAGCAUAUUACUGUGGAUAUUAGUGAUACAAUUGUAUCCAGAGUGUAACAAAUAUUUAUAUAAUAAAGAUUGAACAACAAGCUUAUGAUUAUAGAAAUACGUACAAACAUCCUUAUGGUUGUAAAAUGUGAACUGACUAGUUGCUGUUACAUUAGAGUGUAAGAACAAGAACUAUUGUUAUGCAAAAUUAUAAUUUGUUGGUUAUUCAUUGAGAUAUUGAUAAUUUUUUUAAGUCCAUUAUAUGUAAUCAUUCCUAUGAAGAUUUUGCUUCUUUUUGUUAUGAAGUUUUAUCAAGUGUUGACAAAUAUGCAUAGUUUUUAUAAUUUGGACAGAAUGUAUUGAUGAUUUAUCUAUACUCAUACACACAUAGUUUAAAAUAUGUAAAAAAAUCUGUUUAACAAUAAGUUUUCUAGUUUUACUAAAUUAAAUACAGCAAAUGUAACAAUAAUUUGAUAAAUCAUUAAAUCAACAGUCAAUAGCAGAAGUAGCUAAGAAGAUGAGGUUUUAAAAAAAUGUUUUGACCACAAGUUUUUUGUUAAGACCAAG